AUGAACAUGGCCUCGAAAAUCAAGUCAGAUCACCUGGAAAAUCAGGGCCUACAGGGGACAAGAGCUGUGAUAGGUACGAAGGAUGAUUCCAACAGUAAUGGAAUGCUUAAGCUGCGGAAUGGCAUCGUUCUUAUGCCACAACCUUCUGAUGAUCCUCAAGAUCCCUUGAACUGGUCAUCUUUCAGCAAGCAUAUGGCAAUGGUCACUAUUUCCUAUCUUGCUUUCGUCUGCUAUAUGGCUGUCACAUCUCUUGUGCCCGGAACUCUCCAGCUGGCCGAAACUUACGGAACAACCAAAGACAUAGCCGUAUACCUAGGAAACACGCCCGUUGCUCUGUAUGCUGUUGGCCCUUUUCUCUGGAGUCCAUUAAGCCACUCCGUCGGAAGAAGACCAGUCUUGUUGCUUUCAAACUUGAUUGCUAUAGUGGGUACAAUAGUGGUCGCAAGUGCUCAGACCUAUGGAGCUUGCAUGGUCGGAAGAGUUAUUCAAGGAUUUGGAGGAUCUGCUUUUUGGACCUUAGGUCCAGCCAGUAUCGGUGACAUAUUUUUCCGACACGAAAAGGGCAAGAAGGUCGGUAUCUCCACCUUAGCCAUCGUCGUCUCUCCUUUUGCAGGUGGCGUCAUCGGAGGCGCCAUUAUCAACAACAAGACUCUGGGGUGGAGAUGGUCCCAGUGGACCUCCUUGAUCCUCAUUGGUACUGGUUUUCUCCUGCAAAUUGUCUUCCUUCCCGAGACAAUCUAUGUUCGCGAUCGAUCCACGCCUAUCACCGAACCCGAUCAGGUCGCCAGUCAGAAGUCGAGCUUAUGGGCUAGAUACGGCAUCCGGAUACCAAAGCGUUAUCCCGAUAGACAGCACACCUUUUCCUUCCUCUUCACGAGACCAUUUGUCAUGUGCACCUACCCGGCAGUCUUCCUGGCGUCGUUCUGGUUCGGGAUUGCAUAUAUGUUGCACGUUGGCAUUACGGCGGAGAUUCCGCUAAUCUUUGAGGCGCCACCGUACAAUUUCUCGGUGCUUGGUGUUGGACUUACAGCAUUUUCCGGCUUGAUUGGAGCUCUAAUUGGCGAGGCAUAUACUGGACCGGCAAUAGAUCUUAUUGCGAAAAGGUGUCUCAGCCAAGGAAAGGAAUGGAGGCCAGAGAUGCGUAUCAAAGCGAUCUGGCCUGCCUUAGUGACAAUACCAGGAGGCCUUUUAAUGUUCGGUAUCUCUAUCCAGUUCGGGUCGAGCUGGAUUACUCCGUUAGUGGGCCAAGGGCUUUACAUCUUGGGGAUCGAGAUUGCAACCACCGUUAUGUGA